CCCAAUAGAUAGCAACGUGUUGGAACCGACUCGUCGCCUCUUCGCUUCGCUGCCUGCGAAUCGGCUAGCCUCCCCCUUUUCGCUACUUUCAUCGGCGCCCGGAGGCGAGCCCCUCCGGCGAGAACCCACCGACAGAUAGGAAGCCAGCUCGUAGGUCGGAGAAUUUUGGCUGCUAUGGGGGGAUUGGAUUCUUCAAGUAUGGAGACUGACCUUGAUCGUCCCAACAUUGAGGAGUAUCUUACGACGGAGACAAUUCGGGAAGUUCCAAAGAAGCUCCAUUUGUCCGACCUUUUAGACAUUUCCCCUACCCUCACUGAAGCUGCGGGCGCCAUUGUGGAUGACUCUUUUACACGCUGUUUUAAAUCAAAUUCUCCGGAACCUUGGAAUUGGAAUAUCUAUUUGUUCCCAUUGUGGUGCUUGGGAGUAGUUGUACGAUAUGGGAUUCUCUUUCCAGCAAGAGUUGGAGUUUUGGCUCUGGGAUGGAUAGUGUUCUUUGCAGCCUUCCUUCCAGUACAUUUCCUUAUAAGAGGGCAUGAUAAAUGGAGAUGCAAAAUAGAGAGGAAACUGGUUGAAAUGAUGUGCAGUGUUUUUGUUGCUUCAUGGACAGGAGUGAUCAAAUACCAUGGACCACGUCCAAGCAGACGUCCGCAGCAGGUAUUUGUUGCCAACCACACUUCUAUGAUUGAUUUCAUCAUCUUAGAACAGAUGACAGCAUUUGCUGUUAUCAUGCAGAAGCAUCCUGGUUGGGUUGGAUUUAUUCAGAAGACUAUUUUAGAAAGUGUGGGCUGUAUUUGGUUUAAUCGCACUGAGUCCAAAGAUCGUGAAGUCGUUGCUACAAAGAUAAGGGAACAUACUCAAGGAGUUGACAACAAUCCUCUUCUCAUAUUUCCUGAAGGAACUUGUGUAAACAACCAUUACACUGUUAUGUUCAAGAAGGGUGCUUUUGAACUUGGUUGCGCUGUGUGCCCAGUAGCAAUCAAGUACAAUAAGAUUUUCGUGGAUGCUUUUUGGAACAGUAAAAAGCAGUCUUUUACUACACACUUAGCUCAGCUUAUGACAUCAUGGGCCGUAGUCUGCGAUGUGUGGUACCUGGAACCUCAGUACAUACGACCUGGCGAGAUUCCUAUCGAGUUUGCUGAAAGGGUUCGAGACAUGAUCUCCGUUCGGGCUGGUCUCAAGAAGGUUCCAUGGGAUGGUUAUCUGAAGUACUUCCGCCCCAGCCCCAAGCUCACAGAACGCAAGCAGCAGAUUUUUGCAGAAUCAGUCUUAAAGCGAUUGGAGGAAAUAUAAAGUACCUUCAUAACUUUAUUCUCUGUGCUUUGUGUUGUUGGACUCUUAGACUCGAAAAUUCUUGCCUUCUGCUCCCAAUUUCAUCAGUUCGUUGAGUUAGAAACAUUUUCUAGAUUGAUGGUUAUUGACUUACAAUGUCGUUGAGUCACAAAUGUCGAUCUCUCUAUUUAGCCUAAGAAUAGACUUAGUAGAUAAAUGGGACAAAAUUGAAUCUCCUAGACACCGCGAGCUAGCUCUCUGGUUCAGUUGAAGUUCCAAGAUUCAUUUUCA